ACUUGAAAAUUACGAUAGGUAAGAAUAUAGGAUUAAUGAUUAUCCCUAAAAAAAAUUCAGUUAAAUAAACAAGAUAUACGGGUAAAUGAGUAUUUUCUAGAAAGCGCGGAAACACAUUCCAAAACCUUGCAUCUACUACGUGUCUACGUACACUCAAGAAUUGCCGCCAUAAAACCAAAGAAUUCACCCGAAAAUCCCCCUUUUUUCUCCCUAUAUAAAAACCCCUACUCUUCCUUUCUCUCUCUUCAGAAAACAAAAAUCAUCUGAAAUCUGCUAAUCAGUUCACUAAUCAUCAACUCCUCAAUAAUCUACUAAGAACUCAUCAAUGGCGGACGUUGAGAUGUCAGGCGAAAGAGAGACCUUCGCGUUUCAAGCAGAGAUCAAUCAGCUUCUGAGUUUAAUCAUCAACACUUUUUACAGUAACAAGGAGAUUUUUCUUCGUGAACUCAUCAGUAAUUCUUCUGAUGCGCUGGAUAAAAUUCGACAUGAGAGUUUAAUUGAUAAGAGCAAACUUGAUACUCAACCAGAAUUGUUCAUCAGAAUUGUACCUGAUAAAGUUAACAAAACUCUCAUGAUUAUUGAUAGUGGCGUCGGAAUGACCAAAGAAGAACUGGUGAAUAAUUUGGGAACAAUUGCGAGGUCCGGAACCAAGGAGUUCAUGGAGGCUCUACAGGAAGGUGCUGAUGUGAGUAUGAUUGGACAAUUUGGUGUCGGGUUUUACUCGGCGUAUUUGGUUGCUGAGAGGGUGGUGGUGACAACCAAGCAUAAUGAUGAUGAACAAUACAUUUGGGAGUCUCAUGCUGGUGGCUCUUUUACUGUUACUAGGGAUAUCAAUGGAGAGCCUUUAGGCAGGGGUACUAAGAUCACCCUCUUCCUCAAGGAUGACCAGCUGGACUUCUUGGAAGAAAGGACGAUAAAGGACCUUGUGAAGAAGCAUUCUGAAUUCAUAAGCUACCCUAUCUACCUCUGGGUAGAAAAGACUACUGAGAAGGAAGUCAGUGAUGACGAGGAGGAAGAGAAGGAAGAAGAGAGACAAGUUGAAGAUGUGGACGAAGACAAGGAAAAGAAAGGCAAGAAGAAAAAGAUUAAAGAGGUGACACAUGAGUGGCAGAAGAUCAACAAACAGAAGCCAAUUUGGCUCAGGAAGCCAGAAGAUGUUAACAAAGAGGAAUACUGCUCAUUCUACAAGAGCCUCACUAAUGACUGGGAGGACCCUCUUCACUGGAAACACUUCUCAGUCGAAGGGCAGCUCGAGUUCAGGGCUAUCCUUUUCAUUCCAAAGAGGGCACCAUUUGAUCUUUUCGACACGAAGAAGAAACUUAAUAACAUCAAGCUGUAUGUCAGGAGGGUGUUUAUCAUGGACAACUGUGAAGAGUUAAUCCCAGAGUACCUGGGAUUUGUCAAAGGAGUAAUUGAUUCUGAUGACUUACCCCUGAACAUCUCCCGUGAAACGCUGCAGCAGAACAAGAUCCUUAAGGUCAAAAGGAAGAAUAUUGUCAAGAAAUGCAUUGAAAUGUUCAGUGAAAUUGCUGAAAACAAAGAUGAUUAUGCCAAGUUCUAUGAUGCAUUUUCCAAAAAUAUAAAGUUAGGAAUUCAUGAGGACAGCCAGAACAGGGCUAAACUAGCUGACUUGUUGAGGUAUUACUCAUCAAACAGCGGUGAUGAAAUGACUAGCUUGAAGGACUAUGUUACCAGAAUGAAAAAGGGCCAGAAAGAUAUUUACUACAUCACAGGCGAGAGCAGGAAAGCUGUUGAGAACUCUCCCUUCCUUGAGAGGCUUAAGAAGAAAGGCUAUGAAGUUCUCUUCAUGGUAGAUGCUAUUGAUGAGUAUGCUAUCACACAGUUGAAAGAGUACGAAGGGCACAAGCUUGUAUCUGCUACAAAAGAGGUAUUAAAGAUUGAGGAAACCGAGGAAGAGAAGCAGCAGAAGGAGGAGAAAAGGAAGUCAUUUGAGAAUCUCUGCAAAGUGAUCAAGGAUAUUCUAGGUGACAAGGUGGAAAAAGUGGUAGUUUCUGACAGAAUUGUUGAUUCGCCCUGCGUUCUUGUGACUGGGGAGUAUGGGUGGUCAGCUAACAUGGAGAGGAUCAUGAAGGCUCAGGCAUUGAGAGAUUCAAGUAUAAGUGCUUACAUGGCAAGCAAGAGAACUAUGGAAAUCAACCCAGAUAACGGUAUUAUGGAGGAGUUAAGGAAGAGAGCUGAAGCUGAUAAGAAUGACAAAUCUGUCAAGGACCUUGUGCUGCUGUUAUAUGACACCGCACUUCUGAACUCAGGUUUUAGCCUUGAUGAUCCUAACACUUUUUCUGCAAGGAUUCACAGGAUGCUGAAAUUAGGUCUGAGUAUUGAGGAGGAUGAGAAUGCUGGUGUGGAGGAAAUGCCAUCACUGGAGGAAGAUCAAGCUGAAGAAAGCAAAAUGGAGGAAGUUGACUAAAAAUAAAACAAGAGCUAACAUUCUUGCAUAAUCACAAUGUUUUGAAAUGCAGGUCUGGUUGUGACUUUGCAAGGUCUUUUUUUGUUUUGGUGAGGUCUUCAACCUGUUUUCUUUUGAGUUUUGACUAUGGAAUACCCCCUUCUAUUUUUGGCGAAAAUACAGGGCUGUAUAAACUGAAAUAUCGAUGCUUGUAAUUAGCACAUCAUAUGUUUGAUAAUAAAGCCUUUAGUUGUUCUGUAAAA